UUUGAAAAAAAAAAAAAAACUCAUUAUUCAAGAAUUUGAUGAGAAAGCAAAUAGCAAUGGCGGGUUCUCUGUUAGUGAAUGGCUUAAGAUCUCUCUUCUUAGUAUUGUGCUGUUUGAUGGUAGCUACUCUCAUUUACAGCAUCUCCAUUGACGGCCUCCCUUUCCGCAUGGAACUUCUUACUCCGUGGAUGGCUGCAACUUUGGUCGAUUUCUACAUCAAUAUUGUGCCUUUUGCGGUUUGGAUUUUCUACAAAGAAUCAAGUUGGAUUAGUGCAACACUUUGGGUAAUUCUGCUUAUAUGUUUUGGCAGUGUUAUAACAUCUGGCUACCUUUUUAUGCAAUUUCUCAAGUUGUCUCCUCAAGAAUCUUUGCAAGAUCCCAUUUAUCAUGUUCUGUUGCAUGAUACAAACGAGGAUGAUACAAAACCAAAGGGGAAGCAUUCCCCUAUUGUCAUUGCAAGAACCCUCUUCAGUGUUUUGGGUUGCUUGAUGCUGGGAACUUUGAUCUACACUCUCUUAACAGAUGGUUCACCUUUCCGCAAAGAGCUCCUAACUCCGUGGAUGACAGCUACACUGAUUGACUUUUAUAUAAAUGUUGUGGCUCUCUCGGUUUGGGUUGCCUACAAAGAAUCAAAUUGGAUUAGUGCAUUCUUUUGGAUAAUCCUACUGGUAUGGUUUGGCAGCGUUACGACAUGUGCCUACAUUGUCAAAGAGCUAUUGCAGCUCACUUCGCAAGAUCCACUCUACCUUGUUUUGGUAACACAUGAUAACAGGGCAGAAAACAGCAACAUGGCAUGGGGCUUACUUCACUUAGUUGAAUAUGUUGACACCAAUCAACCCAAGAUCUGGUGAAAUGUUCAAUUCAAACAUUUGGAUGCUCAAACAUUGUCUACUAAUGAUCUUAUUGUCAAACUCUGAUAAUGAUGUUGGGUGGGUCAUUCGUCUUGAUUUUUGUCAUUUUCAAUAUUCAUGCUUAGUAUACAUUUCAGACAUACUUGUGAGCAUGGUUUGAACUUGGCUAGAGGCCACUAGUUACAGAGGAAAUCGAAACUGUAACAUAUAGUAUUAACCUAGUAUUACAAGACCGGGAAGAAUGGUAAGAACUUGAUAUUUGAUUGAAAA